AUGCCUAUGCCAAAUAUAAAUCAUAUCAUACCCGGUCCAUUCCAAUGCGGAAACUACGACCCGCGGAACCUCCCAGAUCUCGAUGACGAUAGUUUGGAUGAUUUAACGGCGGUCCUAAGGGCUUUAGCCAAAGGAAGCUAUCCUCGUCUAGACUCGGUCCCUCUCGCACUUAACGCCUACAACUGUAACCGGAAGGUGGAUAUAGAUCCAUGGGCAUAUUUUCACCCGGUAACCGUCAUCACGCCAGCGGACGUAAAAAUGAAGGGAUCCCCAAGUAUCGAACUAGAUAAAGACGUGAUAGACGACAUGGCAAAGCCGUGGAAUCCUAUACGGCAUACCGGAGGUCAAUUCAACGCUGCAAAGCGGCAGUUCGAGAGAGGGGAUUGGACUCCGCCACCGGGUUCGGCGAGAUACAGGUUCUUGUGCUUUAUCCAUAAACACAGGAUCAAUCGCAAGAGCACUAUCCAAAAGGGCGUGCAUACAGUUAGCAUAUGGGAUCGUGAGUGGGACGAGCUCACAUGGCACGACACUUACCACGUAGACCGCGAAACGCGCAGGCGCGAGAUUGAGCGGUUCUGGCAAUGCGUGAGAAUGCCGAACUUAAUUGACCGUGGGUACACGCGGGAGCAAUUCAUGAACCGUAUACGUUACCGGAUCGUGUACGAUAUCUGCGAGCGCGUCGAGAAUACACUGCGAGAUACUGUACCCCCCCGGAACACCCUCUACGCCGUCAUCGGCGCGGCCUUGCAGCACAUGAACAACGCGUGCGAUGCACAAGUCAGCAUCGUCCCGGACCGGCUCGAGCUCUUCGGCGCGCAGGGACUAUCGCUCGUGCCCCGCUUCUUCGCGCAUCUGCUGUGGUUGUGUCUUGACGCGCGGCCAGACUGGACUCGCGAGCAGAGGGUGAAGUUUGUUAAGCAGUUUAAGAUCUUGGAGAGGUUGAGGUGGAUGAGGGCUUUUGUGAGGAGGGAUUUGGAGCGCAGGAUUGCGGAGGUGGAGAUGGAGGUGGAGGAUGGGGAUGGUGGUGAUGAGCGGGAGGGGCGGGAGUGGGUUUUUGGGCUGCUGGGGAUAUGA